CUCAAGAAGACACGAUGUACUCGUUGCCGACGCUCUGCUAUGCUUGGAUCGCCGUCGCACUCGUCGCGUUCGUGCUGCUUCAGUUUGUGACGGCGCCGUUCGGCCGACACACGUCCACUGCAUGGGGCCCUAUGCUCAACAACAAGGUCGGCUGGUGCCUUAUGGAGCUGCCAUCGCUGCUCCUCAUGGGCGGCUGCGCGUGGCGUGAGUACCUCUACUACGACGCCCGCCCGUCGUCCUCGUAUGCGUGGGUGCUCUACAUACUCUGGAUCGCUCACUACACGAACCGGUCGAUCGUGUACCCGCUGCGCAUCGCGGCGACGCCCAAGCCAAUGCCGGUUCUUAUCGUCCUAUGUGCCUGCGGCUUUAACCUCGUGAACGCGGGUCUCAACGGCGCGUACCUGCUGCAUGCAAGCGCUGCCACGGUCUUGGGUCUUUUGCUCUUCGUCGCCGGCAUGGCCAUCAAUUGCAUCUGUGACACGAUGCUCAUCCGCCUGCGCAAGCCGAACGAGACCGGGUACAAGAUCCCACGCGGCUUCCUCUUUGAGCUUAUCUCGUGCCCGAACCUCUUUGGCGAGUGCGUCGAGUGGGCGGGCUUUGGCCUCAUGGCGUGGAAUCCAGCGGCGACAACGUUUGUGAUCUGGACCGUCGCGAACCUCAUGCCCCGCGCCGCGAGCCACCACGCUUGGUACCAAUCGCACUUCAAAGACUACCCUCGCACGCGAAAGGCGAUCGUCCCCUUCGUCUUCUAGUC